AUGUUCCACAGUUUUCCUUGGACCUUGCGGUGGUUUAAAUAUGGGAUGGAGGUGGAAUCUACGGGUCGAAAGUGGUGGAGAAGGGGCUGGAGGGAUCGAACAUGCUGGUCAACCUUGAGAAAGCCAAGGAGAUGCUGCUUUCAAAUUCACGAGGAAGGUGGGGGAAUUUUUGUGACUCCGCUGAAUAUGAAUAGACCUUUGACAGUGAUGAAGGCAUUGGAUAUGGGAUGGAGAGCUGGUUUAGAGGAUAUUGCAGACAUUAAUGAAUGUUUGGAGAGGAAGGCUAAAGCUAACGAGACCAAUGGAGAUAACAAGUACGGAAGUGAGACAAGGAUGUGGAUUAUGAGGCUUCCAUUGCCAAGAAAAUAUAUUCUCAUCAGCAGAACGGUGCAGUGGAUUAAUGCUGAAACGGCUCUCAACCAUGAAUGGCUUCAUGAAGUUCAUUUUCCCAAUUUUAAAGAAUUUAUGCUUACUUUUCCCGCUCAGCACACGAAAAACAGGGUCAAUAUGAAAUUCUUUAUCAUGAAUCUUUUAGACUCUUAG